AUUUUUUUUUUAUCAAAAACCAAAAAAUUUGUAAUAUGAAAAAUCAGACUUGGGAACUCAACUGGCUAAGUACGGUCCAUAACAGUGAGCACACCAAGAAUGUCAGACUGGAAAGAGGUUUUCGAUUUCUUCCUUGAAGAUCCGACGGUGGUCCCUACCUCCCUUGAGCCUGGUGAUCAGGAAUUGAGAACUACUGUGUUCGAGAAACCCAGCAGUUGGGUUCAACGAACUCGAGCUGGGUUCAACGGAAUCAGAUCUGUUGAGUUCACAAAAAGAGAAAGAAAGGGGGAAGAAAAUGGGGGUAUUAAGGGAGGCAACACAGCAACCCCACCACAGCCCCCUCCGAUACCAUCUCUACGCACUUUUGGCCUCAAUUCCUCGUCAUCAGUGUAUAAAGAAGUUAAUAUGUGUGCUUAUUACUUUAUCAAUAUGAGUUAUUAUGGGUGUCACGUUCCAAAACCCAAAUUCGGGGGCAAAAUAGAUACUGUACACUUGUUAAAGGAUCUCACAAAUGUACAAGACUCGGAACUUGUUAAAAUUCAUAACUAACAAUUCAUAUAAACUUAGAUCAAUAACUCAAAAUAAAUCUGGGUUACAAAAGAAUGAUCUAUAUCUCAAAAAAAGUCUAUGCCCAUAAUACAAGUAACUAGCCUUUUAGCUCAUCACUCCCAUUGGUUUCCUGCGUCUCGGGUUAUACUACCUGAAAUGGUGGAUAUGAAAAAACUAGUGAGACAACUCAGUGAGUAAAAUAUGGAUAGCCCU